AUGUAUGAAGAUUCGGAACAGGAUAUUUGGAACGAGAAAACAAAAGAACGGCUUGCGAAACUUCGCGCCGAAUACACGGCUAGAGAGGAUACCGAAUCUUCGCUUGUUCCAACAAAGCGCAGUCCAAUAAAUAAAGUUAAAGGGAGUGUCGAAAUUAAAAAAAAACAGAGGUCUUUAAGUAAGACUUCAAAAAGACAAGAACGAAACGCGUCUAACCUUUUCACUUCUCAACCUUCAUCGACACUUUCUACCGAAAGUUAUGACUGCUCAACUGAAAAGAGUCUUUUUAAAUCGAUCGUUGGUUCGGAAGGAAGCCAUACCUACGCUAAUUCCGAAAUCCUUACUGGUUCUUCAAAAGCAUUACUCGUUUUCGCAGAAUCGAAUGGCGCAAAAGUGAAUGCCAUUGAAAUUGAAGAUAAAUUCAAUGAUACCUUUGUAACCGAAUCAUUGAGUGAGGAUAUUUCUUCGAGGGCAGAAGAUAUGCUUAAUCAACUGGAUAUCGAUUUGAUUUCUGAUGAAAUGGAAAUAGAUGAUAAUGAGAAUUAUUUGGAAUCCAAUGUGGCCACUACCGAAUUGAUUAGAGCAACCGAGUCUGGUCUAGAAACGGUUGAUGCUAAGGUAGAAUCUAGGGCAAAUGAAAAUAAGUUUACUCAAAAGACCGGAUCAACACGGGAAGGCUCCAACAUUGGUACGCUUAAUAUUAAGUUCGAAACUGUGUUCGACUCGAAAAAGUUGAUAAAGACCAAGUCAAUCCUCGCGAAAUCGAACACCAAUAUUUCCGACACCUUUGUGGAGUCAACAUCAACAACGGUUGAAUUGGCGGAAGUAAAAUCAACAAAUGUGGAGACUCAGGAAUCGCGGAACAUCAAGGAUCCCUCUACGUGGAGCGCGUUGUUUAGCUACACGAAGGGUAUUUCGGUCGAAAAUAGUCCUAAACCUAAGAAAACAUAUCCCACGACACAUGGUAUUAAUAGAAGCGCGAGUCCCUUCGCAAAACAGAAUAGAUGGUCACAUGGUCCCGUAUAUUGCUCGGUGGUUACUGGAAAUUUGGUGAUCCAACAAUUGCGUGUCAAUGACCGAUAUGUAAAGAGAUUACCUAUGGAUGAAGAGGUGGAGAUCGAAGGGACUGGUGUCAAAGUCACUUUAAUUGACGCGAAUCAUUGUCCAGGAUCUGUGUUGUUUUUGUUCAAAGACAAACUCGCCAACGGGGAAACCAUGCGGUAUCUUCACACGGGAGAUUUUCGUGCUUGCCCACGUCAGAUUCUUCAUUCGGCGAUAAGGCAACCUGCGAAUCCUGAAAUAGAUGUUUUAUAUUUGGACACCACGUAUCUGAAUCCAAGCUAUAGUUUUCCGGCUCAGGAACUGGUUGUAAACGCCAUUAUACAACUCGUCAAAAAGGCGGCGAAAAAUGGAAAAUUGCUUCCCAUGAAAUCAAAUAGGAACACAAAAAAGCAGCAACAGGAUAAGUCACAGCUCUCGUUGACUCAAUGGAUUAAAUGUAAACCGCAGUCACCCUCAAACAAUGAUACAGGUUCAUUCGGAGUCAGUUCUGAAAAAGCGGCAGAUUUGAAAUUACCCACCACCGAUAUUAGUACACAUAAAGAGGAAGAACAAACUAGGCUGAAGGGCAGCAAAAUUCUAGUCUUGGUCGGUGCAUAUUUGAUCGGUAAAGAGAAGGUCUUUCACGGAAUCGCAAGAGCACUUGAUUCAAAAAUCUACGCUCUAGAUUCCAAACGAAAGAUUCUGUUGUGUCAAGAAAACCCAGAAUUGGAGUCAUUACUGACGCAUAACCCACAUGAAGCGUCUGUUCAUGUUGUUUCCAUAAAACUAUUAAAACUUGAAAGUUUAUUAGCCUAUCUUAAGGAACUCGAACCGACAUUCAAGUACGUAAUGGCAUUUAGACCCACAGGAUGGUCAUUCAGAUCUUCUGAAGAUCUGAAGGCCGUUGGUAACGACAUCACGCAGGAGAUAUUAAAUAAGGCAUCCCCCUACACUAUGGAUUCGAUCACACCAUCAUACCACUCACCCACGUGCCAAAUAUUCGAAGUUCCAUAUUCUGAACAUUCAAGCUUCCGUGAACUCGCGGCAUUCGUCAUGUCGUUGAAUGUGAAAAAAAUAAUACCAACUGUUAACAAUGGGUCUGAGAAGAGUCGCAACGAAAUGGAAGUUUGGUUAAAUCAAUGGCAGAAUGCAAAGAAACGUAAAAAAGUUGAAGUUGUUCCUUAUCCGGAUGCAAAUUAUUGCAAGUAUCAUGGUAAACGACUGGUGCUGUAA